AUCGGUUUUAGGCACAUCCCAAGCUGUCAGUGUCAAUUUAAAUAAUGUCUACACGUCACCCUGCUUGUCGUGGGUUGUCAAAUGUUUAAAAGUUGAGGUUUAUUAGAAAAUAAAGUGUUUUUAUAAUAAUUAAAAUGGUGCUCAUAGCAGCUACGGUUUGUACUAAAUCGGGGAAAGCCCUUGUUUCACGUCAGUUCGUCGAAAUGACGAAGGCACGUAUCGAAGGGCUUUUGGCUGCAUUUCCGAAACUAAUGACAGGUGGUCGACAACAUACAUUUGUGGAAACAGAAUCAGUCAGAUAUGUUUACCAACCUUUGGACAAACUCUACAUGUUGCUUAUAACAACUAAAGCCAGCAACAUUUUGGAGGAUUUAGAGACACUGCGACUAUUUAGCAGAGUGGUGCCUGAAUACUGUGCUCAGCUCACAGAAGCAGAUGUUUUAAAUCAAGCCUUCAAUCUGCUGUUUGCGUUUGAUGAAAUCGUUGCUCUUGGAUACAGGGAGAGUGUUAACUUAGCUCAGGUACGAUCAUUCGUUGAGAUGGAUUCCCACGAGGAGAAGAUCUACCAAGCCGUGAGACAGACUCAAGAGCGUGAAGCAGCCAACCGUAUGCGAGAACGCGCGAAGGAACUGCAAAGGGAGAGACUGGAAGCUGCGAAGCGCGGUCAACCACCCCGUUCCUCGUCUGGUUUCGGCAGUGGUUUUGGCAGUUCUUCCAUGUCCUCUUCGGCUGCCUCGGAGCCUAUCACUGAGAAAAUUCCGACUACUCCUGUCCGGGAAACUCGUACAACAACACGUUCAGCCAUGAAGCUCGGUUCCCGCGGUACAGACGCGGAGACGUUCGUGUCUCGACUGCGGAGCGAAGGUGACGCCGCCGCCUCCGUGACUGUACCAACUAAGAUUGACAAAGCACCUUCCACUACGAAUAAUAAAGAUGUUCAUCUACGAUUUGAAGAGAGGUUGAGCCUGACGGCUGGUCGGGAUGGAGAUAUUCAGAGCUUCGAACUCUCCGGUUUAUUGACACUGCGCAUAAGUAAUGAACAAUUCGGUCGUAUUCACGUCCACGUCGACAACAAAGACACGAGACCCCUACAGUUGCAGACGCACCCGAACGUGGACAAGGAGGCGUUCCGCUCGGAGGGAGUGGUGCGCCUGAAGCAGGCGCAGCGGCCCUUCCCGCUGCACAGCGACGUGGGCGUGCUCAAGUGGCGCCUCGCGCACGCGCACGACGAGCGCGCCGCGCCGCUGUCCGUGAACUGCUGGCCGUCUGAGGGUACGAACGGCGGAUGUGACGUCAACAUCGAAUAUGAGCUGGAGCAAGACCAUUUGGUGCUCUCCGAUGUCAACAUCAUAAUACCUUUGCCAUCUGGCAACCCAUCAGUGGUGGUGCACCAAUGGGAAGGUAGUUACACGCAGAAGGGACGUAGUAUCAUUUGGAAUAUUCCAGUGAUUAACAGACAACAGAAAACUGGAACUUUGGAAUUUACCGUAUCACCGGCCAUCCCUAACGACUUCUUCCCUCUAAACGUGUCAUGGACUUCAGAUACGUCGUUAGCCUUGCUCGCUGCCACAAAAGUAACUCAAGCCGAAGAUGGUUCUCCCGUCGAUUAUUCUCAAGAAAUAAGUUUCCAUGCAGAUAAAUAUGAAAUUGUUUGAAUUUUAUAUUCGAUUAUAUGUAUAAUAAU